GCUUAAAACAGCCAUAUUUAUUUAUCUCUUGGUUUUUUUGAUUUUUUCUUGCUCACACUCUCGUCCUCUCUCUCCAAUGCCAAGAAGAUUUGUCGGCGAUAAUACGUUACCAGAUCCCAUUAAUCAAUAUGAAGACAUAUUCGAUAUUAAUUGCUUAAAUAGUGAAUAUUGAUUAUACAUUAAUGAUUACCAUUUUCUCUCUUUCCCACUGUCCAUUUGUUUCUCUAUAUUAUUUUCCUUUUUAGCAUUAACAAAAUCAAUUUAUUUGCGCAUAUAAGGCUGUCAUUUCGGCGUCAAUCUUCUUCCUUCCUUAUUUUGCCUAUUUUUUUUAUUUAUGUUUCUGUAAAUGAAAAUGAAAAUUCGUCUUUUCUGUCAAUCAUACCGUUUUGUCUCAGAAUAAUUAUAUAAAAAAAGCUUCUCUGUUUUGUGUUGUUUGGUUACGAAGAAAGAACUCUUCUCCUUCUUCUUCUUUUUCUUAUUCUUCUUUCUCUUCUUCUCUUUCUCUCUCAGUGUCUGGUUACAUUUGGCGCGAAAAGUUCUUCACUUUAUAGCUUUUAUCUUUUAUUAUCCGACAGCUUCGUUACAAAUAAAGAUGUCAGUGGUAAUAAUCUUGAUACUGGCAUUAACCAGUCUGAUUCCGAUUUACGCAAAAGUUCUCGGCGCCGGCAAAAUAUGCGACGAACUUGGCCGGAUAUCUUUGAGUACAAGACCACACAGCGUCUCCAUUACAGACUUUGGAGCUGUGGGAGAUGGCAAAACGCUCAACACUCUUGCGUUUCAAAACGCCGUUUUCUAUCUUAUGUCUUUCGCCGACAAAGGUGGAGCCCAGCUUUAUGUUCCGCCGGGAAAUUGGCUCACCGGUAGUUUCAGCCUCACCAGCCAUCUCACUCUUUUUCUCGAAAACGGUGCCGUUAUAGUCGCCUCUCAGGAUCCAUCGCAUUGGGAAGUUGUUGAUCCCUUACCUUCGUACGGAAGGGGAACUGAUUUGCCUGGGAAGCGAUACAAGAGUUUGAUCAACGGUAACAUGCUACACGAUGUUGUUGUAACAGGUGAUAAUGGAACCAUAGAUGGUCAAGGCUUGGUUUGGUGGGAUCGGUUUACUUCUCAUUCCUUAAAGUAUAACCGUCCUCACCUCAUCGAGUUUCUUUCUUCUAAAAAUGUAAUUGUCUCCAAUCUUACGUUCUUGAAUGCUCCAGCUUAUACAAUUCACUCAAUCUACUCUAGCCAUGUAUAUAUUCAUAAGAUAUUGGCUCAUUCUUCUCCCGAAUCUCCUUAUACAAUCGGUAUAGUACCAGAUUCUUCUAAUUACGUCUGCAUCCAAAACUCUACCAUUAACGUGGGGUAUGACGCCAUCUCCCUCAAAAGCGGUUGGGAUGAAUAUGGAAUUGCCUAUUCUCGUCCCACUGAAAAUGUUCAUAUAAGAAAUGUGUACCUUCGAGGAGCUUCUGGUUCGUCUAUUUCCUUUGGCAGUGAAAUGUCUGGUGGAAUAUCUGAUGUCGUGGUCGAUAAUGCCCAUAUGCACAACUCGUUAACCGGCAUUGCCUUUAGAACCACAAAAGGCAGAGGUGGUUACAUCAAAGAGAUCGAUAUUUCAAACAUCGAUAUGUCUAGAAUAGGUACUGCCAUUGUGGCUAAUGGUAGCUUUGGAUCUCACCCUGAUGAUAAAUAUGACGCAAAUGCUCUCCCUCUUGUGAGUCACAUCAGACUAAGCAACAUUUCUGGAGAAAACAUCGGCAUUGCAGGGAAAUUGUUUGGGAUCAAAGAAUCUCCAUUUAGCGCAGUGGCUUUGUCGAAUAUCGCUUUGUCGACGAGCUCAGGUUCUUCGGUUUCUUGGCAAUGCUCUUACGUUUACGGGUCCUCAGAGUCAGUCAUACCUGAACCUUGUCCCGAGCUGAAAAGAGAUGAUGAUGCUUACGGUAGAGCUGCAGUUUAACGAAACAGACUGCAAAAAAAAAAGCAAGAACUUUUCUUGGGAUUCUUUCAUAAGAUUCAAUCCAUCAAUCAUUCAUAUUUUGUGGAGUUAGAAAAGGUCAGAUUCUUUCCUCAAGUAAACCACAUUGUCUUUAGAUCAUACAUGUUCCUUUUGGUUAUUCUGGUUUAUUAUUUUUAUUUUAUCUUGUUUGCAUAUUGUGAGAUAAGAAAUCUGUACAGUUUCAUUUUUUCAUUCAUGUGUAAACAAAGAAAUUUUGUUUGAGCAGUUUUCCACAUGCCGUGAUUAAUUAAAAUAAAAAGGGAGAGAUAGUUUCAUUU